UACUCCAAUAUUGACUCAAUUAAGUAGAGAUUUAUACAAUUAUAACAUUGGAUUAACUUAUGAUUGACUUAUCAUCGACUCCAUUGCCUACCAUUAUGUCCGACAAAUUAGUGGACAUCACGACAGAUGAUUCUGAUAUCGACGAAGACAUUGACAACUUCAGCGAUACAAAGUCUUCGUCGUCUUCAAUGUCGUCUACCGAAGGCUGUUACGAAGCGGCGGCUGCCGAAACCAAGUCACGGUUGCCAUUGACCUCGAGAAUCGGUAUGAACAUCGAUGCCGAUACUGCCCGACGUAACUAUGAGCUCCAAUUGGCGACACUUCACGAUCGCAUUGAACGAAUGGUCAGAAAAUUGACUCAACUAAAACUUGAUCUCCAACGCAGAGGUUACCGACUGUACGACGCACCGCCAAUGUUGGCCGGACCUACAUCGGUGACCAAAUCGGCAAUAGUUAAGUCGUUUUUUCCGUUUAUCGAUUGUAGUGGACCGCAAGAUUGGGUGGACAAACGUAAUGUACUGCUCAUCGAGUAUCUGGUUCUCAGACAAGAAUUGGUGGUCAAUCGGAAGAUAUCGAGGAAUGAAUACUAAUAUAAAAAUA